GCAUUGGUACGCCUUUACGUAAUCGCUGCUUUCCUUUUCUGCAAUGUUGGCGCCGGAAUAUACUUUCAGUUUCGACGGAAUCAGGUUCAUGAGAAAGCCGUUGUAAUGUUGCAUGCCACUGCAAUCGUCGUACGGCUGUGAGGUAGCAUGAUUAUUUUAGUUUUCAUGACAUAAUUUCUGCUGAAUAAGAUCACAUAUUCGCACAUUCCUGUUCUACAUAAACGUUUUCCACCACAGACAUCACGUGGGUAUUGCUGUCAGAGAUUUCUUUAAAUACAGCACUAUCAAGUUGUAUUUCGUGGGUACUCCUUGGACUAGUAAACGACUUGUGACAUUUGUUGUUGUUGUUGCUGUGAUACGAAACUUUGGUGCAUGCAAAUCAGGUAGUGUCUUCGAAUAAGAAUGGAGUUCCCUUUCAGCGUAAAUGAGAUACUUCCAAAUCAAAUAACGAAAAUCAGGAGCAGUCUGCUACCCGAAGGAUUUGUCGGAGAUCGUCGCGGUUCGCAGAAUUGUGUUGAUAAAGUGUCGGAAAUACUCGAUGAAAUGGGCAAGGCAUCAGCAAAAGCUCAAGGUCUACAGAGAGCUAUAACAAGUGGAGAGAAAAUGAGGAAUGUUGAUUACACAGUUUAUAUUUUUGUUGAUCCUGAAGGAAAUAAUGGGAAAGGUACAGUUAUUGGCCUGCUUAAAGUGGGACGGAAGAAACUGUUUGUGUUUGAUGCAUCUGGAGCUCAUAAAGAAGUGGAGCCUCUUUGUAUAUUAGACUUUUACAUCCAUGAGUCAAAGCAACGUAUGGGAAUGGGAAAAAUAUUGUAUGAGUAUAUGCUGCAGGAGGAGAGUGUCUUGCCCAUUCAUUUGGCAAUUGACAGACCAUCAGAGAAGUUCAUGAAUUUCCUUCUAAAACAUUAUGGUCUGAGGAAUAUUCUACCACAAAAUAAUAAUUUUGUUGUGUAUGAUGGAUUCUUUGAAAACAAUCCAGAUGUUAUUCACAUGUCAGGAAAAGGACAUCUUCAAGACAAUAAGUCUGUAGCAGGCAUGAAUGCCUCUCGGGUAAUAGAGGCAGCAGGAAGUGCUAACUCAUCGCCUCAUUUUGGUAGAUAUGCUGCUCACAAACCAGAGUCUACUGUUGGAAAGAUCAUCCAAAAUGUUUUUCCAUGCGGUGAACUUAAGAGAGUGGCAAGUGAUGGAAUUGAUCCAGCUAAUCUUCAUUGUGGUGAGAUGGCUUGUCUCUCAGGAUCUGCACCUGAUCUCCAGAUGGCUCCACCACACAAUGAGCAGCAUCAUUCGCAGCUGUGGUAGACUACACCAUAUAUUUACUGCACCAAACAGCACAUUAAUUCCUUUCUGUUGUUUCUCUCUGUCAGCUUUAGAGUACAGUGACAGUAGUGUAUUCUGCAAUGUUCAUUAUAUGCAGAGGCAGCAAAUCAAAACAAAACAAACAAAAAAUUAUUUUUUAAACUUUUGAGAUGGAAAAAGCGUUCACACUAUUUUUAAAACACACACAUAAAAACAUUAUUGGUACUUAUUUAGUUUUCAUUAAUAUAUACAGAACAUUCAUUUCUACAGAGACCAUAUUAAUUGUAUUACAAAAUUCAUUCUGUAAGCAUACCAAUAUUAUGGCACACUAAAUGCCCAUUGCUUGUGAAAAUUAAUCUACCUGUGACUGUGGGCAGCUAAACAGGAACAUCCUCUUAGUGGGCACAUUCAUAAUAAUGCUUUGUUUUGCAGUAUUAGAGAUGGCUUUAAUAAUAUUGUAAAUAAAACCAUGUAUAAAGUAUAGAAUGGGAAUGUAAGCGUCUCAAAUGAAAGUAAACAUGUUCAUUGCACUAUGGAUUUGAAGCAGUUUUGUUAAAUGAAUAUAUUUUAUAAUUGUUUUCAGUAAAAUCUGAAUCUCAUUCAGAACAAUGUUAAAUGAAAAUUUAUAAUUAUUGUAUUUGUUGCUUAUAUAGUAGUUGGGUGCUUGAACAUCUUUGCACUGUUCUACUUGAUUUGUCAAGUAGUAAAAAGUAAAAUGCUAAUCAUUAGUAGUAUCUUUCUUGUCAUUUAACAUUCCUGUUUGGAAAGUGCUAUUUAUUUGGUCAUUGUUAGUUGACUUGAGAAAAGAGGAAUAGUAUAAUUAAGCAUUAGUAAACUUUAAGCAUCAGGUUAACAAUACUUGAACUGCACAGCUAAUGUCAAAUAAAAUUAACAAUACCAGAUCUAUGGAGCAAUUUACUUUACCUACAUAUAACACACAGUUCAGUAAAAUUUAAAUUCUGUCAUCAUACAGAGUGGUUAAAUGGAAUGAGAUGAAAAGUGCCUUAUUCUGUAAUUUUUAUUUUUAUUUCUGUUAUGCUAGAAAACCAUUUUUUAUUUUCAUGAAAAGGUUGUAUUUGGAAUUGUUCCAGAUUCAUUUAAGUGUAUAUUAAUUGUUGUUAACCAUAGAAAUAUAAAGCAGUUAACUUCAAUUAAGCUGGCACAUCAGUCAAGAUAUAUGCAGUUGUUGAAAUUAACAGUUUUAAUUUGGCAAGUAUAUUUACAUUAGUUUGCUGACAGUUACUGUAGUAUUUAUUAGUUUUACAAUUUCGAUUCAUGUUAAAUGAAAAUAUUACUGUGAGACUGAAAAUUGUACGUUUAAUGUAAAGAGAAAAGUGUACUGUAAAAAUAUUUAUACUUUUGUUCUUAAUUUUCAGAAAUAUGUUUCUUCACAGACUGUCUUUCCUAGAAAAUAUGGACUAAGCAGACAAUGCAGUACAGUUACCUAAAACAGUAGUUUUGAGUAGACAGAUAUAUUCAUAAAAGGGAGUUUUUUUGUUUUUUUUCAUGUUAUGUUGAUAAUCAUUGUGUUAUAUUUUGAUGAAAUUUCAUAAUAGCCAUGACUACAGUUGGAAUAAGGAAAAAAAAACAUCUGAAUUAAAAUUAGGGUUGACUUAGACAGUAAUUAUGUGACUUGUAGUGUUCUGCAGAGUUGUUUACAUUUAUGCACAAUAUUUCAGUGUCCAGCCCUGUCAUCAAAAUAUUGUGCAUCAAGUGUAAGCAACUCAGCUGAACUCUUGGAAGCACACUGUUAAUCAGUCGCACCGAAAAACUUGAGAAGUCAGAUGCGGACUAUAUUGUUUUUUAUUGUUAUGAUGAAAUAUUGCUUGAUAUUGUUUUUAUACUUCCAUUUUUAUACUGUGCUGUGUCACUGAUUUGCAGCUCUCUCAUAUUGUUUGUGUAAGUCAAAUUCACAUUUGUGUUUCAUCUGUGUUUUUUUUAGUAAAAUAUUUUAAAAUCGUUAUUGUGGAGAGAUAAGUAAAAUGAAAUCCUUAGUAAUCAUCAUUAUGGUUCUAAAACUCUUUAGCAGUGACAAUAUUUGUAAAUUACGGGAAUUUUGAUCCAGAUGACUGGUAUAUUUUAUUGCUAAAAAUGUUUUAGCACAUAUGUGCUUGAAUAAAAGUAACGAUUGAUAAUAGCACAAAUGUUCCAAAAUAGGUUUGGGCAGUAAAAUUGUUAAUUGAAAAGUUGAAAUGCUUUUUUUUUUUCUUUUUUUUUUUCUUUUUUUCCCCUCUUUCUUUCUUCAGAAAAAUGAGUUUUCAGUGCAGUUGUGUUCUUGGUACUCUAUUGAAUGUUCUUAUAAUUGAUCCAGGUGCCAAACCAUGGAGAAAGUCUUUCAGACAUGCUUAGUAGUUGGUACGUGGUCUUUACAUCAAGCUGUGCUUCUGUCUGGAGUUCCAAAAUUUAAAUAAUGUAAGAAAUAGUUUUUGUUGACUACAGUUCUGCUAAUUAGAAACCGGAUUCUGUACUUGUAUUAUUACAAAUACAAUAUAAUGGCUCAGUAUGAAUGCACUCCUGCUAUUUUGUUAAAGACAGAGACCAAGGCUGUGUACAAAAUACAAGUUGACUCUUGCAAGGAAGAAAACAACCAGCCACUGUUAAUAAUGACAUUUAUUUACCCAAAUAGUGCAAUUACCAGUUUCAAACUGACAGUUUCAUCUUCUCAGAUGGCUGUUCACAUUUAUAUUACAUUUUUUGUUCUUAACAUUAGCUUUGAACAAAAAAGUCAGUCAGUUCCAUGGUAUGGCACUUAGAACAUUCCUAGUAAAGUAUUUAUCUUCUGGUUUAUCUUGUUUCUUUUCUUUGUGUUUGAUGAUGCAGUGAGCAGCUGAACCCUGUGGUAUCAAAUACCAUCUAGAUUUUUUUGGAUGCAAAUGUCAGAUCUGGUACUUGAAUGUUUUCCAUUUCCACUCUUCAGUUGUUUGUAUAACAGACAGACCUAAAUUACAUGACAUGCUUAAUUUUAACUCUCUAAUAGGAGCACUUUCAAAAAUAAAUAGAACUAUGUAGGAGUAAAUGAUAUAAUGUAAAUAAAAGAGAAGAAAUUGGAAAAUGAGCCAUAAGGAUGAGGGGAGGGGGAGCCGGAAAAAAAAUACAAAAAAAAAAAGUUAUAU